AAAAUCGAACUUCGGAUUGCUUUGGUUAAAUGUUUCUUGAUUCCACCACUCGCUUACUAUUCAACAUGAUUACCUACACCAACGGAUGAAAGAAAAGUUAUGAUAAUAACUUGAGAUGGUAAACUAUAAGAGAAAGGCUGGAAAGAAGACGAAGACGAGCUCCAACUCAACUAGGAAAGGGAAACGCUCUGUAGUUUCUGGUACCUCUACAAGCACAGUGUCUGAUCAUGAUAGGAUACCAGUGGUAACCAGUCUUCCUCCUGCUGUAGAUGGUCACCUAAGGUGUUUUUUAAGAGUAUCUGUGCCAAAAAUUCACUGGAUUAUUCAAAAGUAUCCUACAGAUGUCCAAGUACGACUAAGAUGGUGGGGAGAGGAUGGUGAUGGUGUACUGUUAAGACCUUUAGAUGACAAGGCAGAUGAACAGACGAGAGCUGACACAUGGCUGACAUGUGUAAGAUUUGCAGUAUGCAGUGGUCCAAAACAGUUCAGUGCAUACUUAAAUGAUAUGGGAGCCCUGAUAUUUGAGGUUGUUCAUGGUCCAUCACUGAUAGUAUUUGGCCACGUGAGACUGGGUGAUGUCUCAAAACUCUCAGCAAGCACUCCCAUUCAGGGCUUCUUUGAUGUUAUGUCUACAACUUUACCUGGAGAAAAGCUGGCUCUUUUGUACAUUACUCUGAGAUUCGAGUCAAUAUCAGCAGCAUACAGCCAGUUGUCAUCAUCUUUGGUACCCACUAUAGACAUGGAAAUAGACCCACAAAGACAGGCCUUUGAUGAGAGUGAUGCUAGGCCAACUCCUCCCCCAUCUUCCUUAAACCCAACUGAACCAAUCCCUCAUCCAAGACAGAGGACAGAGGACAUGGAUCUCUUUAUAUCACCUGCAGUCCCUUCUAAGGGUGUGAAAUUUGCUCCCACUUCACCAGAUAGACUUGAAUACACUGCUGAGCACUCACUAAUUUCAUCGCCAAGAACAGACCAGAAAGGAUCUGACGAUCUUGGAAGUACAGUGAGAUCUGAAGAGCCAACCACAUCAAGUCAACCACUUCACAUUGCCCAUGGAGGGGAAAAUGAAUCUUCUGAUCUGAUUGAUGCAUUGCUUCAACGGGGAGAGAAGCUGAGGGAGGCUAUGGUAAUGUCGGCAGAUGAGGCCAAUGAUGAAAAUGAAGCUGGAGGAACAAGUUUUGUUGUUGACAGGAAUACACCAUCUGGCAAACUCCUCAAGGCAAUUCUUACUUCUGAUGAAAUCAAGUAUGAACUUGUCAAGUCUGAAGGAGAAGAAGAUUCUGUAAUUGAGUCAGUAUUUUUACAUAACAACAAAGCUGUGGACUUGCUACUUGGUGAAGAUGAAAAGCUUUAUCUGGAUGAUUCACCCAACUCUACCCCUGAGAGUAGCAUAGUUAGUGAGCCAGGGGAUCCCCUACAUGAUGACACACUGUUGAAAGAUCUUUUUUACACUACCCCAAUAGUACAGUCAGAUACAGAUUCAGAUAGUACAGUUGUCACUGAUGAAGUCUAUGAUGAUGAUGACAAAAGUCUGCAAAAUCCUUUGCAGGAAGAUCAAUUUGAAAAGGCAUUAGCCAAAACAAGAAUCAAGAAAAGAUCUCCAAAGACAGCAUCUAGAGACAUAAGUACAUUGGUUGGCAAGGAAGUGAAUGGUAAACAAAACCCUGAAGGAAACGAUGACCUUACUAACAAGUCUCGUAUGGGUUACCUUGAUCUAAAGCAGAACAGUGCUGAUGACACAAAUCAAGACUCUAGGGGUCAAGACAGUGUCCAUAUGUCAAGUGAAUCAUCUACAUCAACAUCAUUGGACAGGAAACCACCAAGGGUAGAUCCUGAUGUCUUCACUGAAACCCUUGGUCCUGAGCAACUUACAGCUUUGGGCAGAGUUGAUUCAGCGCGUGUUAUGGUGGAUAGUCUGGGGAUUGCAAAUGAAACUAUUAAACCUGGAACAUUCUUUGUUGAGUAUUAUUUCCCAACCUCAACCCCAACACAUGGUCAAGACCAAGAUAUCACUAUGGCAACAGAAUUAACCAGAAUUGUUUCUAAGAGAAUUCAAGACAGAGUGGUGCUAUUUGGCCAUCAUUCUGUAUUUCCUGUAUUGUUUAAUUCUGUAGUUAUAGACUACUGGUGGAGACUUCCUUUGACAUUCAGACUUUACUUCAGAGAGUCUGGAGAAAGAAAACCAGUUGUUAUCGGAGCGGCAACAUUCCCCUUGAAGACAGUUCUUCUGUCCGACACCCUCAGUUCUUCUGCCUCGCUACAAAUCAAAUGUGAUAUUCACUCUAAAGAAAAACAAUCCUCUGACUCAUCCUCUCUACAUGACAUCCGUGGAUCAUGUGGUCCAUUGCUGGUAAAAGUAGUGUUAAUGGCUGAUAGAAAACAAGUUCAUCUGAAAACCAAAAGGCACAGAAAGCCUCCACUUCCAACUGCAACAAUACUCACUGCUACUGAGCAUGUGCAUGUGGCAAGACCUGCUUAUACUGACAUAAAGAAUGUUGGGAAGGUCUCUGAUAAGGCACCUCAUGAGAUGAAAGAAAUUCUUAAGACUACAAGCAAGCCUUCCUCCCAAGAUGGUAAUCAUGAAGAUGGCAUUCAGUAUGACAGAGAUCCUUUAACUUUAUACAGCUUGCUAUGGAUACCUGAAGGACAACAACUCACCCAACAAAGACACCAUGCAAACAAAUACACUCCUACUAGUCUUGCUGUUAAGAGCAACCUUUACCUUGUCUGUCGCACUUUCUGGUGUGAAGAGUUGUCUAAAUCAAGGGUAUGUUGGGGUGAGUCAAAUCCAUCAUUUGGCUUCAAACAGGUUGCACCAGUGCUGCUAACAUCAAGUUUAUUACAGCGGGUGUGUAAUAACUUUAUGGUUAUUGAAGUUUGGAACAGAAUUGGGCAACAUGAUCAAGGAGACAAGAUUGGAGCCAUUCUGUCAGUGAAGUGUGGUGGGGAAAUUCGAUUUGGAAUAGAGCCACGCCCCGAUCAUCAUCUUGAUUGUCAGAGGGUGAGAGAUGGGCAAGAAAGCCAAGGUGCUCAAGUGUCAAGCAAUCAAGAACUCAGCAAGCCUGCCUCUUGCCAAGCUUUGCGCAAUGGUAACCAUGCAGAAACAAGGGGAGGCUAAUAUCCAGACAUUCUCCUUGCCACUGGCAGUUCUUGCUGGAGAUGAGAUGGAUGGUAUCCGACAGGGUAGAAUAAAAGACACUGGUCUGCUUGAUGUUAUUGUCAAGUACAAACAAGUGAAAGUGGAGCUUACAGCAGAAGUAAAGAAAGAAGAUGACAGUCAUGUGUGUUUAUCAUUCGAAGUAUUUCGUGCUUGUGGACUACAGGCAGCAGCAGUUCUUCAUGCCAAAUCCAACCCCAGCCUUUCCUACCCUGCAGAGGUUGGUGUAAAUGCUUAUUUGGUAAUCCAGGUCCCACUUGGAAAGAAGCACAAACAUGUAACGAGGACUGUGGCACGAACAUUCACCCCUGAGUUUUCAUAUAAUGCAGACAUCUCUUUGCUAUUAGUUACACCAUCUGGUGUAAAUGGCAGAGGAGAUUUGAGUUUAGCUGAACAACUUGAAGAUUCUGAAGUGGUGUUUGAAGUUUGGCAUCAAAUGUCACGAGAAAGGAGGAGUGACCAGUUGGGUAGAUCAGAAGCAGAGACCAACUGUGGAACUCAGAGGGAUGUAUUACUUGGAGUGGCUAGAGUACCACUUGUUAAACUUCUUGCUCAUAACAGAGGUAUUAAAGGAUGGUUCCCAAUACACUGGCCAGGAGAACAGGACACACUUGAUGCUUCACCUCAUAAUGAGAUAAACAAGGUUGUUGGAGGGUUGGAACUUGGUAUUACUUUCUCCAAAACAGAGGAUAGGGAUCAUGUGAUUCAUAUAUCAAGAGGACUUGGCUGGUCUCCACCACCUGAGGUGGAUUGUGAUGAAGUCUGGUUGGACAGAGAAAAGCUUUCUCUGAACAAGCACUGGACAUUUUGUAUCAAAAUCAGCUCAGCAUGGAUUCCUUCAUCAGAAUUAAAACCUUUUUGUGCUUCAGCAAAAACUACAGAGAAGCUCAAGACGAAAGGUUAUGCCAGAUAUAAACUCUACAAUAAAGUUCCCAUAUGCUCCAGAAUGUCUUCUGUGAAAGAUUGUGGUGAUGAUAAAUUCAUCUGUGAGCUGAAACACUCUAAAGAAAUUGUACUACCGGCAUCACACUCUCUAAGUUGGCACAUGAGGGAAGAGUCUUUGGAGAUCCAGCUAUGGCUUAGCAGUGGAGGGCAAACUGCAGACACAAAAUCUAAAAAGAGGGAUAGAUUGGUUGGAUCAGCGUAUUUAGAUGUCUCAUCAUUACUUGCCUCCAAACAAAGGAAACAUACUAUUAGGCAAAUAAGUGGGUUGUACCCACUCUUCAGAUCUGGGGCAAGUAACUUGUUUGGUGGAUGUAUCCAUGUUCAGUCAUUUGUUAAAGUUGAGGAUACCAGUGAGCAUGAGUCUUUAAGCUCGGAUGAAUCCAUCGAUGCUAGUUCUAUUCUUAAGGAUCAAACUGCAGACAGCAGAUUAAAAAUUCCCUAUCAAGACCAGGUGUCAUCAGUUGAACCGAUGCAGCAACACCAAUCCAACGGGCAGUUGCCAGUCACUGAAGCUAUUGAUGACACAUUCAUGGCCCAUGUCAUAAUUGAACAAGCACUACACCUUCCUACUGUUCCUGGAACCAGUGAAAACAGAGUAAUGCCCAAUGUGUAUGUGUCUUACCAGACACUACCAUCAAUAUCCCCAGCUUGCACACCAGUUGUUAUGUGUUCAUCCAGCCCAAGAUGGGAGUAUCAGAAAAUGGAGAGAAUCAUUAACUCUCCAACUAAAUUACAGGAUUUUCAGUUCAAGGUGUGGCAUUCCUCAGAAGCCAAGAAAGGCAAAGACAAUACAGGUUCACAGUCCUUUGAACCUAGGGUAGAUAGCUCUAGCGAGGACCGUUUGAUUGGGUCUGUGUCAUUUGAUUUAUCACCAUUGUUGGCUGGUAUGCGACAGCUCAUUGGCUGGUACAAUGUUACUGAUUUUAAUGGAGACUGUCAAGGACAGAUUAAGCUUGGCAUUUGUCCUGUAAAUCCUCUCUCUCCAACAAGAAGUUUCACCAGUUCAAGAGUAACACACAGCCAAGUACCAAAACAAGAUGCACCCUACAUCACACCUCUGCUGAAAAGUCAACGAGAAAAUGGUUCUAAUUACCAAAAUCAGAGAGGCAAUCCUCUGGCAAGUCAGUUGCAAGGAUGUUUUGAACAUUCUACUGGUUUCAAGCUGCAUUCAGCUAAAGAGUUAAGAAUGACAACAGAAGAAGAAACAGAAGCAGUCUCAAGUUGUUCCUCAUCUCUUCUCUUUUCUCAGCUAAGGCAUAAUAUGAAGGAACUAGACAUUCUACAGCAAAAUUUAACCAUCAAAUUAAGAUCAAAUCCUGUCAGUAGUGAUGAUGGCUGCAAUCAGGAAGAUUCACAUGCCUCUCACCACCCACCGUACUUUUUUUCUGGCAGAGAUGAAACCACAAGUUUUCCUUUAGAAUCUUCAAGAACAUUGAGAACAGACAACAAAGGUGAUAUCUUGGAAGAAAAGUCGACUGAAACUGAAUUCAAAGAGAGUGGUAAUCAACAUGUGGAGUUGAAUGGCAAACAAAUGACUCUAGUCAGAAAUGAUGAUUACAAAGUCACUCCUCCAAAACUGUCUCCAGAAUUGAAACAAACUGGUAGCUUUGUUGAUUAUGAAAAAACUGCUCUAAGAAGUGCUGAUUAUGUGCAGGAUAGUGGAGCAACAAUACUUACUCAUUGUGAACUUCAAGAACCUUUUGCAAAAUGUAGAGAGGAUUAUUUAAAACAUGCUUCAGUUUUGGUUAGUUUGCCUGAGGAGAAGAACCAAUUAUCUGUUGUUCAAGAUUGUCAGCUGCCCGUAAAAAGUGAACCUUCCCUCACUGAUAUUUCAGGAGACCUUUCAGUUGGUGGAUAUGUUCAGGACAACACUAAUGACACUAGGUUUGCUGAUUUGAAAGACAGCUGGCUCAGCAGUGAAGAAGAAGAAAACUCAGAUUUGAGCCAGGCUGAAAAGCCUGGCAUGUUAAAUUCACCUUCUGCAUUAAAUUCUAACACACAUACAGCUGGUGAACUGAAGAGCAUUACUGUUACAAACUUUCAUAACACGGAAAGUGGAGUGAGUGAGCAGGAUCAUGAUUUUUCUGGUACUUUUGGCAAUAAAGGUGAACACCACAAGGAUGUCCAUGUGAUUUCAAGUGAGGCUGAAAGGAAACAAUCAUGUAAUGAUGAUAGCAUUGGGAGUCAUGAUAGUGCUGAAGAUUUCACUAGAAUAACCAGUCUUGGAUCAGGUGGUAUUACUGCAGCGGGCAGAAGAAUGAUAUCGGAACACAGUAACAUUAAUGAAACCCACUCAAACAAACAUGGAUCUAAUAACAGUUUGACUCCAAAUGAAAUGGUAAAACAAGAUUCAUUACCUAGAUAUCCUCCAUCUUACCAGCAGACAAGUGCUAUGUUGCCAAAUUUCUUUAUGCCUUCAGAACAACUAGCAGAGUCUAUGAGGGCACUUAGGCUGGGAUCUUCAAACACAUCUUCACAUUCUAAGCUGUUGGCUCAUUCACAACAUACAGGAAACAACCAAUGCACAAAAGAAAACUUGACUGAGAAAUUUGCUAGAAGGAAACAUUAUAAGGCUAAAAGAGAUGAAAGACCCCCGAUCUCCACUUCAGAGGUGGAUAGGAUUGCUAAAAUUUUCAAGUUGAAUUCUGGGAGUCUGUAAGACUGUAUGAGUUCUUUCUCUUGUAAUUAAACAAUGUGAUGCAACCAUUUUGUAUUUUAAUGAUCAUGUUUAUGAUUUCAUUCUCAUUCAAAUUUUAAAAUGGAAAAAAAAAAAAACACUGGCAGCUAUUGAUUUUCUAUGUGGAACUUCUUUCUGCCCACAUAAUUUGGGCUAUAUGCUAAGUACUCGUUCCAGAUCAUGUGAAAUCCUCAUGAUGUUUGAAAAUCGGUGGUGCAUUCAAACAUGAAUAUGAUUAACAUCAUUAGAAAAUAAUCCCUUGAGUAUUGUCACAGGAUCAAUAAUUUGAAAAGAAAGACAACCUGAAGGUGAAUUAGAUGUUUUAUAAAGAACAAGAGUAGCCACAUGUUAUUUGAAGUUGAGGAUCUUAGCAAAGGAAAAAUAUAAUGCAGGCAUACAUAACAUUUUUUCUUGGAGACCAAUUUUUUAUGGUAAAUAUUUGUCCCAUCCUAUUUAUCAGGUUGGUGCAGUCUCUUGAGUGAUUGUUGCAAAUAAUGUUUUAUUGUUAGGCAGUUGGAUUCCUGAAAGAAACAUGUUCUCUCCCAUUUGUUUUGAAUGCCUAUAAGACACAUAAAGUGCUUUUCCUUUUUUUCUUAUUUGC